CUUUCAUACUCGCGCCACGCUCACUAUUCUCACACCAGACACGGUUUUACACCCACUUGACAGUCAUUCUUUAAGCAAAUGACGCUUUUGGACCAUUCUCAAGUUCGCUCUACAUCAUGCUACAUCUCUCCCCGUGAAGCUCAUCAGCUGAGUAACCACCAUGGAGGCAACAUCCCCAUCUCCAACUCCCGUUCCCUCCGAAAAACAUCAGACAGGAGACAACCCCAAACCCUCGCGCUCCUCCAAAUUCCGUUUCAAAUCUAGUAAACGCUACUCAUCCCGCGACACAGAUGACUCAACAAACCAUCGCCAUCGCCAUCGCGAUCGUCAUCAUCGAUCCCACCACUACCACCACCGUCACCGCCGCAACCAUGCCUCCGAACAGCCCAAACCCUCCUCCCCCUCCCCCUCCUCAAACCACCACCGCUCCAUAUCCCCCGAAACCGCAUUCCGCGAAUCCCUCUUCGACGCCAUGGCCGACGACGAAGGCGCCUUAUACUGGGAAUCCGUAUACGGCCAACCCAUCCACACCUACUCCGUUCCGUCUGUGCCCGGACCAAACGGCGAAUUGGAGCAGAUGAGCGAGGAGGAGUACGCGACGUACGUGCGGCGACGGAUGUGGGAGAAGUCGCACGAGGGGAUGAUGGAAGAGCGGGAGCGACAACGAAAAGAGAGGGAGAAAGAAAGGCAUCGUCAUCAUGCGGCAGAAACAGCCCAGCAGAGGCAAGGGUUUGAGAAGGCGAUGGAGGAGAGUCUGCGGCGGGGGGAGAGGAGGAGGAGAGUGAAGGUCUGGAAGGGGGUGUGGGAAAGGUAUAUGAGGAGUUGGGAGGAGCUGAAUAACGCAGCUGCGUCAGCAGCAGGGAAAGAAGAAGGGGGUGAGGGGGUGAGGAGGCAUAUACACUGGCCGGUGGAGAGCGGGAAACAGCGAGAUGUAAGGCGAGACGCGGUCAGGGAGUUUGUGUUAAAUGCGCCAUUUGCAGCAGAUGGUAAAGGGGAUAUCUUAAGUGUGAUUAAGAGCGAAAGGGUGCGGUGGCAUCCAGAUAAAAUGAUGCAGCGGUAUGGCGGGUUGAGACUAGGGGAGGAUAAGGCAGUGGUGAAGAGUGUGACGGAGGUUUUCCAGAUUCUGGAUGAUUUGUGGACGGAGGAGAGGGGAAGACAGUGAUAUUAUAUGAUACGGAUUGAUGUGCAUGUUGAGCGUGCUGUUAUGAUACCC